AUGUCCAGAAGCUGCGCGGUGUGCGGGACGGGCAACAGCGUGAAAAUUUGUGGUGGGUGCAAAGACCGCUGCUACUGCAGCGCUGAGUGUCAGCGCAACGACUGGAAGACUCACAAGACAUCCUGCCGCAAGAAAACUGGCCCGACAUCGGACUGUCAAGACAAGGAUUUUGAUCCAGCUGAUAUGUUUGCAAAGCAUCACCUUUGCCAGUUUGUACCAACGAUUGUUGGGAAGGGUGGUGGCGUGGUUGCAACAGCUUUCAUAUCUGCUGGUGAGAUCAUUGUGAGCGACCGGCCUAUCCUAUACAUCAGUGAGCAGGAGCUAGGCGUCUCAGACAUUUGGUCUUCCAAGCCCGAGCACAAAAUCGAUCAAAAGCAUGCAUUGGUCAAGAGAAAGUUUGCGCAGCUUUCCGAGAUGGAUCAAGCCAAGGUGCUUUCCUUGGAAGACUCUCAGACCAACAACAAACUCGCGCGUGCGAUCACGGACAGGAUGUACAGGGAUGGUCUCAUCAAGUCGCCGUGGGACAAGCUCUACACGCUGUCCGCCGUCCCUUCGAGACACAUUCCGGAUCUACAAGAUCCUGGCUACAAGAGUCCAGAGGGAGUGUUUCAGACCAACAGCCUACCCGUGGGAGAUUCAAACUCCUUGGGCUUGUUUCCGUUGAUCAGUAGAUUCAAUCACAGCUGUUGCCCCAAUGCUGGCUAUCGUGGGCGGGCUUUCAUGGACGAAGAAGUCCAAGUGGUGCAAGCCAUGAGGGACAUCCAGUCUGGGGAGGAGAUUUGUGUGAGCUACUUCAACGGCUACUUUACAACGUCAGAUGGGCGGCAGAAGCAAACCAUGAUGAGUUGGGGAUUUCAAUGUCGAUGUGAAGCUUGUCAGCCUGCUGGAUUGCAGGAAGUCAGAGCACUUGUGCAAUCUUUGGAUGACGGCCACAUGUCAGAUGAGGACAUGACAGCGCUUGUUGGACCAGAGAAAAUGGCAUUGGUCUUGUGGAAGUUUGAGUCGGAUCAACGCCGGCAGAGACUAAACGACUUGAACACCCGCUUGAACACCGCUUCAUCGCUGGCUAUGGCAAAGCGAAUUGUGGAAGAAAUGGACUGCUUGUACCGUCAAGAAAAGAUUUUGCCACAUUUGCUGGUUGAGGUGCAGAUCGCUUUGGACUUUUUGCAGGCUCAAGUCACCUUUCGCGGGUCAGACAUUAAGAAGUGGUGCAAGAAGUUGUAUGAUGCAAAACUGUUGUUGGCCGGAGAGGACAAUCCCAAGACAAAGAAGGCCAAGGAGUGGUUGUCACGGACUCCAUCCAUCAUGGAAGUUGUUGACUUUGCCAGUUCUUCGGACUAG